AGCAACUACUCAGAAAUUAAAUCAACUUUUCAUGGAUGUUGUUGAUCCUCAAAUAACCUCGUGUCGACUAACUGAAAUACUACCAGACUUCAUUUCUCAUGUGCUGUCCGGCUUCAUAAACAGUCUCCAGUAUACACAUUAUGAGAUAUGGCAUCAUUUGUUAUCGCUUAUUGGACGAUUUAUAAUGAUUUUCUCCAAAGUUCAUGCUUCCGCCUCGACGACAGAUUCAACUGCAUUCAUGGAAUUAUUGAAAGUUAUACUACAUUUACGUGAUUGUUUAGCCGAUGGACCUAAAAGCCUGAUCAGUCUUAUUCAUGUUGAUCCAAACAGCUUUUCUCUAAUGGGUUUAGAUGAUCUUGGUGAGAAAAUUAUCGAUGGAUUGGACAGUGUCUGUUUAAUAACUAUUGAGUACAUGGGCCCAGAAUUACUUUCAUCUGAAAGUGUAUUUUCUUUGGAAACACUUGUCAAGGAAUUAGAAGCCGGUAGUAUUGAUCUUCGAAGAUCUUGGUUCCUACCGUUACUUUCACGUGCAGUUCCACAAAAACCAUGCGCUUUAUCUAUCUUCAGUAAACAGAUUCUUCCUCUGGCUGAUAGAGCGCUUUCUGUAGCUAGUUCAACAGCUGCUAUGAGUGAUAAAACUAAACCUGCAAAUAAUGCAUUGAUCACUUUAGGGAUUAAAGUGGCUUGCCAACUCUGGUCUGCGUUGAAUAUGUUUGUACAUCGUAGUCCAACCGACUGGUCUGAACUGUCAACUGGUGGAUUAGGAUCUCGUCUUGUCAAGGAAUUUAAUUCAGCUCCUGCUUUAAGACCAAUCAUUCUGCAUGCAUUUCGGCGAUUAGCUAAACUGGCAGCUGGUGAUGACUCCGCAACUACUGUUAUGCGUGGUGGAGCAAAAGUGGCACUACCAGCUAUGCUAUCACUUUAUGAGACUUUAGAUACAACUACACAAUAUUCAAUGAAACAGAAAAUUCAGGCAACAUUAUCAUAUUACCUACCGAUUAUGUCAUCUAAGAUCAUCUGCUCAGUGACAAAAACUGCUAUGAACAAGUUUGACAAUACAAAUCAACCUAUCUAUCUGGAAAUAUUCCAUAUUGUAGUGCCUUAUAAUUCUGUCAGUGAUUUGGAAGUGAUCGUUGCAAGAAUUAAUGACUAUCUGACUUUGGAACAAUUGUCAAAACCGUUGAAAAAACGUGCAUGUCGUGUUUUAGAAAGUAUUUGUGCUGGAGGGACUAGUCAAACUGAUGAAUUCUUAAAUUCAAACCUGGAUAAUCUUAUCCUAUUAGUUUGUGGUUUAACAAAGAGACUAGUAAAUAAAUCGUCAGAAAAAGCGACAGCGACAACAACAACAACCGCUACUACUACUACUGUGACAGGAACACUGCCGACAACAAUAAAUAAUGAUGAUGAUAAUAAUACUGAAUCGAUAGAGAAAAAGAUGACCAAGUUAUCAGUCUGCGGAAUGAAACUGGAUCAAUCAUCAAAUAAAACCGCCAAAUACUUUAUCCCAUGGAAACCUCUUCUACAGUGUAUUCAUCAUUUAUUCAAACGUUUAGUUACUUGUGAGCUGAAUGCUGCAGCUAACAGUAUGAAUUCCGAUGAGACUAUGGAUAAUGGUGAUUUGAUGGAGAAUGAACGUUUAAAAAAGUUUGCUAAUAUGUUCUUCCCUGAGAUACUAACAUGUAUGCUCGAUUUGAAUCGUAUAAUACGAGAUUUAGCUGGCCGUCUAUUAAUUGGUCUGGUGAAUGCUUUUGCUGGCCAACAACCAUUUGAUAAAAAUAUUAAUUCCUUAUCAUUGUUGUAUGGAUCACGGAGUAAUUUAAACUUUGAUGCGAAUAGUUCUCGUCCACCGACAAUUAUGAAAGGUAUAAUGAAGGAUUCAGAUAACGAGGAUGAUAAUGAUGAUAAUGGGAAUGGAAGUGUUCGACAGGAUGGCAAAUCUGCCAUGUCAUUAGGAGGAUUAACAUGUUCCGAUGACGAUGAUGAUGAUAUAGUCUCAACUAAGUCUAUGCAACGUGGCAGUGUAAUAUCUGAACGGAUAUGUCGUGCUUUAAAUCUAGUCCUAUCACGUUUAUGGCCAUGUCUUCCACCGCAUAAUCGUUCUGCUGACAAUUCAAUUGAUUUAGCCUUACAACAAUCAUCAGCUCGUGCUAUCUGUCUACUUAUGAAGCAUACACGUUUUAGACAGGCACUCGUCUUAAAUAUCGAUUCAGAAUCAGAAGAAAUUUGUCAGUUAGUAUCUAUUAUACUAAAUGAAGUGAAUUUAAUCAGCCAAAAUUUAGUGAAAUCUCCUCAACGUGUAUUAAUUCGUUUAGGAUUACAAUUGUCACGUUCACUUAUUGCCUUUAUUCAAGAAGGUUGUAUCAGUUUAGCUUCUGUGCUUGAAACUCUACAGUCCAUUCAUCCCACAUGUAAACGACCUUUGCGUUUUGUGGUAAAGUCAAUUCUAGAGAAGAUGAUAAAGAAGUUCGGACGUCAAGCUAUUCAAGGCCUAUUGAAUUCAGAACACCAGAAAAUAGUUCGUAAUUCAGCUAAACUUAUUGCUCGUCGUGAACGUAAAUCAAAAGCGCUAGAGAAAUCGACAUCAAAAUCAACAGCAUUAUCAUUAUCAUCAUCAUCAUCGAUUUUUGGUUCUGUACAUCAACAAUUAUCAGACAGCGAUUCUGAUCAUAAUUCAAGAAAAUCUUUAAUCAAUGAUACUAAAAGUAUUGUAUCAUCAAUUCGUAGUAAAUCAUCACGUUUACCGAAACGAGUUCAUAUAACCCGUAUGGAUGAACUGUUAGCUUCUUCAAGUGAUGACGAUGAAAAUAAUAACUUCCUUAAAAGUAAAUCACAAUCUGACCGUGCUUCAGUACACUCACGAGCAAAAUCAAUACGAAGUCAAACAAAAUCCCAUGAUGCUUUAUCAUCGAAGCAUCCAAUGUCACUUGUAGAAGAACUAGAAAAUGUCAAACAAACAGCAGGAUUGUGUCGACGAUCACGUAAAAACUUACUGCAAAAUGGAUCUCUUGAAGAAGACUUUGACAUGGAUAUUGAUAUUGAUAGUAGUGAAGAUGAUGAGGCAAUCAAUAAAGCCGUGUGUAAACAUCCUCUUCGAUCGAGACAGCAAGUCCGUUUUGCUGAUACAAUUAGUCGUGCUUCGACAACUCGUAGUCAUUUAUCAAAACGUUCACAGAAAGCCGCCCAACAAUUAGCAUCAACAGCAUUACAUCAUCGUCAAGCGGUUACUGAUUCUGAUCUAUGGCUUGUAGAGAAUCCGAAUGAUUCAGAAAUUUUAGAUUUAUCUGACCCCAAGUCACUGGCACGACAUACAGCUUUUGCACCAGAUGAUGUUACCGCGAAAGCAAUGGUCAAUGCUUUCAGAAAGUCAUUAGUUCAACAGUCUUCUUCUUCUUCAGAAGUAGUUGAACGUAGUCAACCAUUCCCCAUUGUGAAUGGUAAAAUUGUAAUUGGAAAUCCAGUCGAUGAAAGCCAAUUGGUUAAUAAGAAAGAUAAUUCGGAAUGGGCGCUAUCUGAUGAUGAUGGUAAUGAUGACAGCAGUCUACCGGCUACAUCUCAUUAUCAACAAGGCAAAUUAAUGAAAAAUAGAAAACAAAAGACUCUGCAAAUCCCUGGUCGUGUUUAUGCCUCAACAAAGGCCAGAGGUGAUAUGAAACGACGUGGUAUGCCUGAACCGUAUGCAUUUGUCCCACUCGGUGCUGGUAUAGGCAAAUCAGGUGAUACAAUGAGUCAAAAAAUAACACCACUUGAACGUAGACGUCUACUCAGAGAAGUCGGCCUUGGCAGACAGAAACGGAAACGAAUCCAAGGGGGCAGUAGUAAAGGCAUGAAAUCAUCACUGAUGAAGGCUAAUAGUGGGUUGAAAAGUGGCAAAAAAUCAAAGUUCUCAAAGAUUAAAAACUUUUAAUGGAUUUAUAAUUUUUUUUGAAAAAAAAAAGAAAAGAAGAGAAAUUUGACAGAUAAGCUUUGUGAUCACUUGUCUUGUACCUGAUCAUAAUGUAUUGCUCUCAUUGAAGCUUUUUUUAUUUGAAUGCUUUCACAAUUGACUUGGUUUUUUAUUCGAUUGAUAA